AUGGCGGCUCCCGGGCUCUGUGCAGACGGCCCCUGCUGCAACCACUCAGGCGCACGGCAGACGCUGGACGAGAUGGAUUUCGAGAGGGGAAUCUGGUCAGCAGCCCUGAAUGGAGACCUAGGCCGAGUGAAGUAUUUAAUCCAAAAGGCAGUGGACCCCAGUCAGCCCGACUUGGCCGGCUACACCGCCCUGCACUACGCCAGCCGCAAUGGGCACUAUGCAGUAUGCCAGUUCCUGCUGGAAAGUGGGGCCAAGUGUGAUGCCCAGACACGUGGGGGAGCCACCGCCCUGCACCGGGCCAGCUACUGUGGGCACACUGAGAUUGCACGGCUUCUGCUCUCACAUGGGUCCAACCCCAGGCUGGUAGAUGACGAUGGCAUGACCAGUCUACAUAAGGCUGCUGAGAAGGGUCACAUGGACAUCUGCUCCCUUCUGUUGCAACACAGCCCAGCCCUGAAGGCCGUCCGGGAUCGGAAGGCACGACUAGCAUGUGAUCUUCUGCCCUGCAAUAGCGAACUGCGGGACCUGCUGGCCAGCUGAAUCGCCACUCUUCUGUCCCAGGCUGCCAUGCAAGGGUACAUAUACUAGGUCUCCAAGCCCCUGCUGUGGUCAGGAUCCAUGCCGCAGGGUGGGAAACAGAGACCCGAAGACCCAGGAAGAGCCCGAUUUUGGCCACUGGAGUGAGGGAGUAGAUUUGAGGGGGCUGCAAGUGCCUAAGCCUGGACAGAUGACCCUAUUCUAAAUUAGUUCAUGUGGAAACAUCUAUCCACUUGGAAAAAAUAAAGUUAUAUCCUUACCCCAUCCCAUGCCCCAAAUUAAAUUACAAGUAGACUAAAGAACUAAAUUGGCCCUGGCCGGGUAGCUCAGUUGGUUAGAGCAUCAUCCUGAUACUCCCAAGGUUGUGAGUUUGG